AUGGAAGCUGUUGACAAUUUGCCAUGCAAGAAAAUCUGUCUUGGAUGUGGCGUAGGGUACUUGGAGGGGCUCCAAGGGUGUGACAGUGGACAUUUCCGCUGUGGAGAUGGGAACUGUAUCCCUGCAGCCUGGAGGUGUGAUGGGACCAGAGACUGUCUGGAUGACACAGAUGAACAUGGCUGCCUUCACUCUUCCUGCCAGGCAGGCUAUUUCCAGUGUCAGAGCGAUGGGAGCUGCAUCCCGCGCUCCUGGGUGUGUGACCAAGAUGAGGACUGUCCCGAUGGCUCAGAUGAACAUCAGCAUUGUCCUGGGACGACCUGCUCAAGUCAUCAGCUGACGUGCUCCAAUGGUCAGUGUGUUCCCAGUGAAUAUAGGUGUGACCAUGUCAGAGACUGCUCAGAUGGAACAGAUGAGAGAGACUGCCAAUAUCCCACAUGUGAGCAGCUUACUUGUGCCAACGGAGCCUGCUAUAACACGAGUCAGAAGUGUGAUCAGAACGUUGACUGCAGGGACUCCUCUGAUGAAGCCAACUGCACUGGACAGUGCACGCACAACGAGUUUCAGUGUGGCAAUGGAGACUAUCCUCGUGCCUAUGUCUGUGAUCAUGACCUCGACUGUGAUGAUGGCAGUGAUGAACGUAAUUGCAAUUAUCAGACCUGCGGUGGCCACCAGUUCACUUGCCCCAACGGCCAGUGCAUUCAUCAGAACUGGGUUUGUGAUGGAGAGGAUGACUGUCAAGACUAUGGGGAUGAAGAUGGAUGUGAAAGCAACCAUCAUCGUCAAACAUGUUACCCGAGAGAAUGGGCUUGCCCAGGGUCUGGACGAUGCAUCUCCAUUUACCAAGUUUGUGAUGGAGUUUUAGAUUGUCCAGGAGGAGAAGAUGAAAACAGCACCUCUAGCGGAAGAUACUGCGGUGUGAGUAUGUGCUCUGCCUUAAACUGUGAGUACCAAUGCCACAAGACACCAGAUGGAGGAGCGUGUUUCUGUCCCACAACUUAUAUCAUCAACCACAACGACAGCCGUACCUGUGUUGAUUUUGAUGAUUGCCAGAUAUGGGGAAUUUGUGACCAGAAGUGUGAGAAUCGAUUUGGCCAUCACCUGUGCCACUGUGAGGAAGGUUAUAUCUUGGAGCGUGGGCAACAUUGCAGAGCUAAUGACUCCUUUCAAGAGGCUUCCAUUAUUUUCUCCAACGGUCGGGAUUUGCUAAUUGGUGAUAUUCAUGGGAGGAGCUUCCGGAUUCUAGUAGAGUCUAAAAACCGUGGCACGGCCGUGGGUGUGGAUUUUCACUAUCACCAGCGCAGAGUGUUUUGGACCGACCCAGUGCAGGAUAAGGUUUUUUCAGUUGACAUUAAUGGUUUAAAUAUCCAAGAAGUUCUCAAUGUUUCUGUGGAAGCCCCAGAGAAUCUGGCUGUGGACUGGGUUAAUAAUAAGCUUUACCUGGUGGAGACCAAGGUCAGCCGCAUAGACAUGGUUAACUUGGAUGGAAGCCAAAGGGUCACACUUAUUACUGAAAACCUGGGGAAUCCUAGGGUUGCUGUGGACCCCACUGUGGGCUACUUGUUUUUCUCAGAUUGGGCAAGCCUUUCCGGGGACCCCAAGGUGGAAAGGGCUUUCAUGGACGGCAGCAACCGCAAAGACCUGGUCAAGACCAAGGUGGGAUGGCCGGCAGGGAUCACUCUGGAUAUGGUCUCCAAGCGUGUGUAUUGGGUCGACAGUCGCUUUGACUACGUUGAAACUGUAACUUAUGAUGGAAUUCAAAGGAAGACAGUGAUAUAUGGAGGCUCCCGAGUUCCUCAUCCUUUUGGAAUAAGCUUGUUUGAGGAACACGUAUUCUUUACUGAUUGGACAAAGAUGGCUGUGAUAAAGGCAAACAAAUUCAUGGAGACCAACCCCCAAGUGUACCACCAGUCGUCCCUGAGGCCCUAUGGAGUGACUGUUUACCAUGCUCUCAGGCAGCCCUAUGCUAGCAAUCCUUGCGCAGUUAACAAUGGGGGCUGUGAGCAGGUGUGCGUCCUGAGUCACCGAACAGAUAACGAUGGUCUAGGCUACCGGUGCAAGUGCCUAUUCGGCUUCGAGCUGGACCCUGACGAGCGCCGCUGUGUUGUUGUGAAGAACUUCCUGAUCUUUUCGUCCCAAUCGGCUGUACGUGGGAUCCCAUUCACCCGCUCCACCCAGGAAGAUGUCAUGGUUCCUGUGACAGGCAGCCCUUCUUUUUUUCUUGGGAUUGAUUUUGAUGCCCGGGAGAGCACUAUCUUUUUUUCAGAUACAUCGAAAGAUAUCAUUUAUAAACAAAAGAUCGAUGGCACAGGAAGAGAAAUUCUCACAGCUAACAGGGUGGAAAAUGUUGAAAGUUUGUCUUUUGACUGGAUUUCAAAGAAUCUGUACUGGACAGACACCUCUCACAAGAGUGUCACUGUCAUGAGGCUGGUUGAUAAAUCUAGACGAGAAAUAAUCAAGAAUUUAGACAACCCACGGUCAGUUGUGGUCCAUCCUUCUGCUGGGUGUAUAUUCUUCAGUGAUUGGUUCCGCCCUGCUAAGAUCUUGAGAGCGUGGAGUGAUGGGUCUCACCUUGUGCCCAUAGUUAACACUACUCUUGGGUGGCCCAAUGCAUUGGCCAUUGACUGGGGUGCUUCGCGACUGUACUGGGUAGAUGCCUUUUUUGAUAAAAUUGAGCACAGCACCUUUGAUGGUUUAGACAGAAGAAGACUGGGCCACAUAGAGCAGAUGACACACCCAUUCGGACUCACUGUCUUUAAAGAUUCUGUGUAUUUUACCGACUGGAGGCUGGGCGCUAUUGUCCAAGUCAGGAAAUUGGAUGGUGGAGACAUCAGAGUUAUUCGAAGUGGCAUCACCAAUGUAAUGCACUUGAAGUCAUACGAUAUUGACGUCCAGACUGGGUCCAACUCCUGCAAUCAGCCCACCCAUCCCAACGGCGACUGCAGCCACUUCUGCUUCCCAGUGCCAAAUUUCCAGCGUGUGUGUGGGUGCCCCUACGGGAUGAAGCUCGGUUCCAAUCACCUGACCUGCGAGGGAGACCUGGCCAACGAGCCACCCACGCAGCAGUGUGGCUCCUUUUCCUUCGAGUGUGACAAUGGCAGAUGUGUGCCCAGCCUCUACCGCUGUGAUGGAUCUGAUGACUGUCACGACAACAGUGACGAGCGUCUCUGCGGUACAUUUAGUAAAUAACUCUGCUCACCUUCGGCCUUCACCUGUGCCCAUGGAGGACAGUGCAUUCCUGCACAGUGGCGCUGUGACAAGCACAAUGACUGUGUGGAUGGCAGUGAUGAGCAAAACUGCCCUACCCGAGCACCCACUUCCUGCUUCUCGUCCUACUUUACCUGUGAUAACAACCUGUGUAUCCCGAGGAACUGGGUCUGUGACACCGACAAUGAUUGUGGCGAUGGAUCCGAUGAAAAGAACUGUGAAACUUCACAGACAUGCGGACCUAGUCAGUUCCAUUGUCCUGACCAUCGGUGUAUUGACCCAUCUUAUGUCUGUGAUGGAGACAAGGACUGUGCUGAUGGAUCUGAUGAGGCUGGUUGUGUACUAAACUGCACUACUUCUCAGUUCAAGUGCGCUGGUGGGAACGUGUGUAUUAGCAACAUAUACCGUUGUGAUGGCGUUUUUGAUUGCUCUGACAACUCUGAUGAGGCAGGCUGUCCAACCAGGCCUCCUGGAAUGUGUCACUCAGAUGAAUUUCAGUGCCAAGGAGAUGGUGUCUGCAUCCCGAAUACCUGGGAGUGUGAUGGGCACUCUGACUGCAUUGACGGAUCUGAUGAGCACCAUGGCUGUGUUCCCAAGACUUGCUCUCCAGCUUAUUUCCGAUGUGACAAUGGAAACUGCAUCUACAAAGAGUGGCUCUGUGAUGGGGACAAUGAUUGCAGAGAUAUGAGUGAUGAGAAGGACUGCCCUACUCAGCCCUUUCGCUGCCCCAGUCGGCAGUGGCAGUGCCCUGGCCAUAGCAUCUGUGUGAAUCUGAGUGCACUGUGUGAUGGCGUGUUUGACUGCCCCAAUGGGACAGAUGAGUCUCCACUUUGCAACCAGGAAAGCUGCUCAAUUUUCAAUGGUGGCUGUACGCAUAGGUGUAUUCAAGGGCCCUUUGGGGCUACCUGUGUCUGUCCACUGGGAUAUCAACUGGCCAAUGAUAGCAAGACCUGUGAGGACAUAAAUGAAUGUGAUAUCCCAGGCUUUUGUAGCCAGCACUGUUACAACAUGAGAGGUUCUUUCCGGUGCUCUUGUGAUCAGGGCUACAUGUUAGAAGCUGACGGGAGGACUUGCAAAGUUACAGCAUCUGAAGGUCUGCUGUUACUUGUGGCAAAUCAGAACAAAAUUGUUGCUGACAAUGUCACCUCCCAGGUCCAUAAUAUCUACUCAUUGGUCCAGGAUGGUUCUUACAUCGUAGCUCUUGAUUUCGAUUCAGUCAGUGGUCGUAUCUUUUGGUCUGACUUACGUCAGGGCAAAACCUGGAGUGCAUUUCAAAAUGGAACUGACAAGAGAGUAGUACACGACAGUGGUAUGUCUGUGACUGAAACUGUUGCUGUAGAUUGGAUAGGUCGUAAUGUUUACUGGACAGACUAUAUUCUGGAAACAAUUGAAGUCUCUAAAAUUGAUGGAAGCCACAGGACGGUGCUGAUUAGUGACAAUGUAACAAAUCCAAGGGGACUAGCAUUAGAUCCCAGAAUGAAUGAACAUCUGAUGUUCUGGUCUGACUGGGGCCACCACCCUCGUAUUGAGCGAGCCAGCAUGGAUGGCACUUUGCGUACGGUCAUCGUCCAGGACAAGAUCUACUGGCCCUGUGGCUUAACUAUCGACUACCCCAAUAGACUGCUCUACUUUGUUGAUGCCUAUCUGGAUUACAUUGACUUUUGUGAUUAUAAUGGACAGCAUCGGAGGCAGGUGGUAGCCAGUGAUUUGAUUCUGGUCCAUCCCCAUGCCCUGACUCUCUUUGAAGAGUAUGUGUACUGGACUGACCGUGGUACUCACCGGGUGAUGCAAGCCAACAAGUGGCAUGGGGGGAACCAGUCAGUGGUGAUGUACAAUCUUCAACAGCCUCUUGGGAUUGUUGCUGUUCAUCCUGCCAAGCAACCCAAUUCCCCAAAUCCAUGUGCCUCUUCCGCCUGCAGCCAUCUCUGCCUGCUCUCCACACAGGGGCCCAAGUAUUACUCUUGUGCUUGUCCUUCAGGGUGGAACCUCUCCCAUGAUUCUGUGAAUUGCUUAAGAGAUGAUCAUCCUUUCUUGAUGACUGUAAGAAACCACAUAAUUUUUGGAAUCUCCCUUGAUCCUGAGGUGAAGAGCAAUGAUGCCAUGGUUCCCAUAGCAGGGAUACAGAAUGGUUUUGAUGUUGAAUUCGAUGACUCAGAGCAAUUCAUCUAUUGGGUUGAGAAUCCAGGUGAAAUGCACAGAGUGAAGACAGAUGGCACCAACAGGACAGUGUUUGCUCCUCUAUCUCUGCUGGGGUCUUCUAUGAGUUUGGCCUUCGAUUGGGUUUCAAGAAACAUUUAUUAUACCACUCCUAGCAGUCAGUCCAUUGAGGUGUUGACACUCCGGGGAGAUACCAGAUACAGAAAAACACUGAUUACCAAUGACGGCACCACCCUUGGAGUUGGCUUUCCAGUUGGCAUAACUGUUGAUCCUGCACGUGGGAAACUGUAUUGGUCAGACCAAGGAACAGACAGUGGGGUUCCUGCCAAGGUUGCAAGUGCUAACAUGGAUGGCACAUCAUUGAAGACUCUCUUCACUGGGAAUCUUGAACACCUAGAGAUCGUCACCCUGGACAUCAAGGAGCAGAAGCUGUACUGGGCGGUCACCAGCAGAGGAGUGAUCGAACGAGGAAAUGUGGAUGGUACGGAGCGAAUGAUCCUGGUGCACCACCUCUCCCACCCAUGGGGAAUUGCCAUCUAUGAGUCCUUCCUUUAUUAUACUGAUGAAGAGUAUGAGGUCAUUGAAAGAGUUGACAAGUCCUCUGGGGGCAACAAAGUAGUCUUGAGAGAUAAUGUUCCAAACCUGAGGGGCCUGCGAGUUUAUCACAGACGCAACAUUGCUGAAUCCUCAAACGGCUGUAGCAACAACAUGAAUGCGUGUCAGCAGAUUUGCCUGCCUGUACCAGGAGGCUCGUUCUCCUGUGCCUGCGCCACUGGAUUUAAACUCAAUCCUGAUCAUCGGACCUGCUCUCCAUAUAACUCUUUCAUUGUUGUUUCCAUGCUGUCUGCAAUCAGAGGCUUUAGCUUGCAAUUGUCAGAUCAUUCUGAGGCCAUGGUGCCAGUGGCUGGCCAAGGACGAAAUGUACUGCAUGUGGAUGUUGAUGUGGCCUCUGGCUUUAUUUACUGGUGUGAUUUUAGCAGCUCUGUGGCAUCAUAUAAUGCAAUCAGGAGAAUCAAGCCAGAUGGAUCUUCUUUUGCCAACAUUGUUACCCACGGCAUAGGAGGAAAUGGAAUUCGGGGUAUUGCUGUGGAUUGGGUAGCAAGAAAUCUUUAUUUCACCAAUGCCUUUGUAUAUGAAACACUGAUUGAAGUUUUGCGAAUCAAUACCACCUACCGCCGUGUUCUCCUUAAAGCCACAGUGGAUAUGCCUAGGCAUAUUGUUGUAGACCCUAAGAACAGAUACCUCUUCUGGGCUGACUAUGGGCAGAAACCAAAGAUUGAACGUUCUUUUCUUGACUGUACUAAUCGAACUGUCCUUGUCUCAGAGGGCAUUGUCACACCACGGGGCUUGGCAGUGGACCAUAGCAAUGGCUAUAUUUAUUGGGUUGAUGAUUCUUUAGAUAUAAUUGCGAGAAUCCAUCUUGAUGGAGGGGAAUCUGAAGUAGUUCGUUAUGGUAGUCGUUAUCCAACUCCUUAUGGCAUCACUGUUUUUGGAAAUUCCAUCAUAUGGGUAGAUAGGAAUUUGAAGAAAAUCUUCCAAGCUAGCAAGGAACCAGGGAACACAGACCAACCAACAGUGAUAAGAGACAAUAUCAACUGGCUAAGAGAUGUGACUGUCUUUGACAAUCAUGUCCAACCCCGGACACCAGCAGAAGUCAACAACAACCCUUGCUUGGAAAAUAAUGGUGGGUGCUCCCAUUUCUGCUUUGCUUUGCCUGAAUUGCACACCCCAAAAUGUGCCUGUGCCUUUGGAACCCUGGAAAGUAAUGGCAAGAGCUGUGCCAUUUCAAAGGAAAAUUUCCUCAUCUUCGUCUUGGAUAAUUCCUUGAGAAGUUUGCACUUUGACCCUGAAGAUCAUAGCCUACCUUUCCGAACAAUAAGUGUGCAAAGAACUGCCAUUGCUCUGGACUAUGAUAGCAUAAGUAAUAGAGUCUACUUCACACAACAUUUAAACUCUGGACUUGGCCAGAUUUCCUAUGUCAACCUAUAUUCAGGGAUCCAUUCUCCCACCGUCAUUGCUUCAGAUAUAGGGAUUCCGGAUGGUAUUGCCUUUGACUGGAUCAGUAGAAGGAUUUAUUAUAGUGACUACCUCAACCAGACCAUUAAUUCCAUGGCUGAAGAUGGAUCUCAGCGCACUGUGGUAGCCCGUGUUUCAAAACCAAGAGCCAUUGUGUUAGAUCCUUGCCGAGGGUACAUGUACUGGACUGACUGGGGUACUAAUGCCAAAAUCGAAAGAGCCACUGGGGGAAACUUUCGGAUCCCCAUUGUGAAUACCAGCCUGGUUUGGCCCAAUGGGCUCACUUUGGACUAUGAGGCAGAUCUUCUCUACUGGGCAGAUGCUAGUCUGCAGAAGAUUGAGCGCAGCACUCUCACAGGCAUGGACCGUGAAGUCAUUGUCAGCACUGCCUUUCAUUCUUUUGGCUUGACUCUCUAUGGCCAGCACAUUUACUGGACUGACUUCUUCACAAAAAAAAUUUACCGGGCUAACAAAUAUGAUGGGUCAGAUCUGAUCGCAAUGACCACGACUUUGCCUAUGCGGCCUAAGGGUAUUUCCACAGUUACAAAAAAUGUGCAACAGCAGUGUAGCAAUCCUUGUGAUCAGUUUAAUGGCGGCUGCAGCCAUAUCUGUGUACCAGGUCCGAAUGGAGCUGAGUGCCAGUGUCCACAUGAAGGCAACUGGUACCUGGCCAACGAAAACAAGCACUGUAUCGUGGAUACUGGUGCCCGGUGUGAUGAGACCUACUUUACCUGCCUCAACGGAGACUGCAUCCCACGGCAAUGGAAAUGUGAUAAUGACAAUGACUGCAGUGAUGGUAGUGAUGAACUGGAAAGUGUCUGUGCAUUUCACACCUGCCCGCCGACUGCCUUCACCUGUGGCAAUGGGCGAUGUGUCCGGUACCACUACCGCUGUGAUUACUAUAAUGACUGUGGUGACAACAGUGACGAGGCAGGGUGCCUAUUCAGGAACUGCAACAACACCACGGAAUUUACUUGCGGGAAUGGAAGGUGCAUACCUCUUGACUUUGUCUGCAAUGGUAUAAACAACUGCCGUGAUAAUGACACUUCGGAUGAGAGAAACUGCCCUGAUCGCACCUGCCAGUCUGGAUACACAAAAUGUCAGACCACAAAUAUUUGUAUUCCUCGACUUUACUUGUGUGAUGGAGACAAUGACUGUGGCGACAUGAGUGAUGAAAACCCCACUUACUGCACUAUACACACGUGCAGCAGCAGCGAGUUCCAGUGCACGUCCCCUCCACGCUGCAUUCCGCAGCGCUGGUACUGUGACGAAGACGUCGAUUGUGCUGAUGGUUCUGAUGAACCUGCCUCUUGUGCAUACCCGGAGCACACGUGCUCAGAUAAUGAGUUCAAGUGUGAUUCUGGCAGGUGCAUCCCAAGAGACUGGAUAUGUGAUGGUGAUAAUGACUGUGGGGACAUGAGUGAUGAGGAUGAAAGACACCAAUGUGAGAAGCAAAACUGUUCAAGAUCUGAGUUUUUCUGCGUGAAUAGUAGACCUCCAAGCAGGAGGUGCAUUCCCCGGACCUGGAUCUGUGAUGGUGAAGCUGACUGUGCUGAUGCCCUCGACGAGCACCAGAACUGCACCAGGAGAUCUUGCUCUGAAGGUGAAUUCACCUGCAGUAAUGGACUGUGUAUCCGACAAUCAUUCAGGUGUGACCGACGCAAUGACUGUGGUGAUUACAGCGAUGAGAGGGAUUGCUCAUACCCAACCUGCCAUGAGAAUCAGUUUACCUGUCAGAAUGGGCGUUGCAUCAGUAAGUUGUUUGUCUGUGAUAAAGAAAAUGACUGUGGAGAUGACUCUGAUGAACUGGAGCACCUGUGCCAUACCCCAGAACCCACAUGCCCCCCUCAUCAGUUCAAGUGUGACAAUGGGAACUGCAUCGACACGGGGAAACUCUGCAACCACCUAGACGACUGUUCGGACAACAGUGAUGAGAAAGGCUGUGGAAUUAAUGAGUGCCAGGACCAUUCAAUCAGUGGCUGUGAUCACAACUGCACAGACACUCUAACCAGUUUCUAUUGUUCCUGUCAUCCUGGCUACAAGCUCAUGUCUGACAAGCGCUCUUGUGUGGAUAUUGAUGAAUGCAAGGAGACGCCUCAUGUCUGUAGCCAGAAGUGUGAGAACGUAGUAGGCUCCUAUAUCUGUAAGUGUGCCCCGGGCUACAUCCGAGAGCCAGAUGGGAAGACCUGCCGGCAGAACAGUAACAUCGAGCCCUACCUCAUCUUCAGCAACCGUUACUAUCUGAGAAAUUUAACUACCGAUGGCUAUUCUUACUCCCUCAUUUUGCAAGGACUGGACAACGUUGUGGCAAUGGAUUUUGACAGAGUAGAAAAGAGGUUGUACUGGAUUGAUAAAGGGAGGCAAAUCAUUGAGAGAAUGUUUCUCAAUAAGACAAACAGAGAGACGAUCAUAAGCCACAGACUACCAGCUGCAGAAAGCCUGGCGGUCGACUGGGUGGCCAGAAAGCUGUAUUGGCUGGAUGCCCACCUGGAUUGCCUCUUUGUCUCUGACCUUGAAGGUCGACACCGCUAUACUCUAGCCCAGCACUGUGUGGAUGCCAACAACACAUUCUGCUUCAGCAAUCCCAGAGGAAUUGUUCUUCACCCUCAAAAUGGGCAUCUCUACUGGGCAGACUGGGGUCACCGUGCGUACAUUGGAAGAAUAGGCAUGGAUGGAACCAAUAAGUCUGUGAUUAUUUCUACCAAGUUAGAAUGGCCCAAUGCCAUCACCAUUGAUUACACCAAUGACCUUCUGUACUGGGCGGAUGCUCAUCUGGGUUACAUUGAGUACUCUGAUUUGGAGGGCCACCAUCGACACACAGUAUAUGAUGGGACUCUCCCUCACCCCUAUGCUAUCACCAUUUUUGAAGACACUAUUUACUGGACAGAUUGGAAUACAAGGACGGUUGAAAAGGGAAAUAAAUAUGAUGGGUCAAACAGAGUGGUGCUGGUGAACACAACACACAGACCCUUUGACAUCCAUGUGUACCAUCCGUACAGGCAGCCAAUUGUGAACAAUCCCUGUAGAACCAACAAUGGUGGCUGUUCUCAUCUCUGUCUCAUCAAAGCUGGGGGAAAUGGGUUCACUUGUGCAUGUCCUGAUGACUUCCAGACCAUUCAUCUGAGUGACAGAACCCUGUGCCUGCCCAAGUGCUCCAGCACCCAGUUCCUGUGUGCUAACAAUGAAAAGUGCAUCCCCAUCUGGUGGAAAUGUGAUGGACAGAAAGACUGCUCUGAUGGCUCAGAUGAACCAGCCCUGUGUCCGCAUCGCUUCUGCCGCCUGGGACAGUUCCAGUGCAGGGAUGGCAACUGUACCAGCCCCCAGUUGGUGUGCAAUGCUUACCAGAACUGCGCUGAUGGCUCUGAUGAAGACCCUGCUCUCUGCCAGAAUCAUCGGUGUGAGUCCAAUGAAUGGCAGUGUGCCAACAAGCGUUGCAUCCCAGAGGCCUGGCAGUGUGACACAGUGAACGACUGCCAGGAUAACUCAGAUGAAGACAGCUCCCACUGUGCCAGUAGGACCUGCAGGCCAGGCCAGUUUAGGUGUGACAAUGGCCGCUGCAUCCCUCAGAGCUGGAAGUGUGAUAUAGACAAUGAUUGUGGCGACUAUUCAGAUGAGCCCAUCCAUGAGUGCAUGAGUACUGCCCAUAAGUGUGACAACCACACAGAAUUCAGCUGCACAACAAACUACCGCUGCAUCCCACAGUGGGCCGUGUGCAAUGGUGUCGACGACUGCAGGGACAACAGUGAUGAGCAAGGCUGUGAGGCCAUUGCAUGCAGUCCCUCAGGGGACUUCCGCUGUAGAAAUCACCAGUGCAUCCCUCUUCGCUGGAAGUGUGAUGGAUAUGACGACUGCGGAGAUAACUCAGAUGAGGAAAGCUGUGUUCCCCGGGAGUGCACAGAAAGUGAGUUUCGAUGUGUUGAUCAGCAAUGCAUACCCUCUAGAUGGGUCUGUGACCAAGAAAAUGACUGUGGGGACAACUCCGAUGAGCGGGAUUGUGAGAUGAGGAGCUGCCAUCCCGAACAUUUUCAGUGUACAAGUGGACACUGUGUGCCUAAUGAAUUGAAAUGUGAUGGAAGAGCCGACUGCUUGGAUGCUUCUGAUGAAUCCACUUGCCCCACUCGAUUUCCCAAUGGCACAUACUGCCCAGCUGCUCUGUUCGAAUGUAAAAACCAUGUUUGUAUCCCGUCAUUUUGGAUAUGUGAUGGGGAUAACGACUGUGGCGAUGGCUCUGAUGAAGAACUUCAUCUGUGCUUCAGUGUUCCCUGUGAGUCACCACACCGUUUCCGGUGUGACAACAACCGCUGCAUUUAUGCUCACCAGCUGUGCAACAGUGUAGAUGACUGUGGAGAUGGAACUGACGAGAAAGAAGAGCACUGUAGAAAACCAACCCCUAAACCGUGUAUGGAAAAUGAAUUUAAGUGUAGCAAUGGAGCUUGCAUUCCACAUCAGUAUGUAUGUGACAACGUUGAUGACUGUGGUGACCAUACUGAUGAAACGGGUUGCAACAUGGGAAAAGACAGAACAUGUGCUGAAAAUCUUUGUGAACACAAUUGUACCCAGUUAAAUGAUGGAGGAUUUAUUUGCUCCUGUAGAACUGGAUUCAAAGCUGGUACUUUGGACAGGAACUCCUGUCAAGACAUCAAUGAAUGUGAGCAAUUUGGGGUUUGUCCCCAGAACUGUCAGAAUACCAAAGGAAGUUAUGAGUGUUUCUGUGCUGAUGGUUUUCGGUCUAUGAGUACCCGUCAUGGAGAACGCUGUGCAGCUGAUGGAAACCCACCUUUAUUGCUACUGCCUGAGAAUGUUCGUAUUCGGAAAUACAAUGUCUCAUCUGAGAAGUUCUCAGAGUACCUGGAAGAGGAGGAACACAUCCAAAGCCUUGACUACGAUUGGGAUCCUGAGGGCAUAGGCCUCAGUGUUGUAUAUUAUACGGUGCUAGCCCAGGGCUCUGAGUUUGGUGCUAUCAAACGUGCCUACAUCCCCAACUUUGAAUCCGGCAGCAAUAAUCCCAUUCAUGAAGUGGACCUGGGCCUGAAAUAUAUCAUGCAGCCUGAUGGAUUAGCAGUGGAUUGGGUCGGAAGGCAUAUUUACUGGUCAGAUGCCAAGAAUCAACGGAUUGAGGUGGCUAGACUUGACGGGAGGUAUAGAAAGUGGCUGAUUACUACCCACCUGGAUCAACCAGCUGCCAUUGUUGUGAAUCCCAACCUAGGGCUUAUGUUCUGGACUGACCAGGGAAAGAACCCCAAAAUCGAGUCUGCCUGGAUGAAUGGGGAGCAUCGCACCGUCCUGGUGGCCGAGGACCUCGGCUGGCCAAGUGGCCUUUCAGUCGAUUAUUUGAACAAUAACCGGAUCUACUGGAGUGACUCCAAGGAGGACGUCAUUGAAACUAUAAAAUACGAUGGCACGGAUAGGAGAACCAUUGUACACGGAGCAAUGAAGCCGUACAGUCUGGACAUCUUCGAAGACCAGUUAUACUGGGUAGCAAAAGAGAAGGGAGAAGUGUGGAAGCAAAAUAAAUUUGGGCAAGGAAGGAAAGAGAAAAUGGUGGUAGUGAACCCUUGGCUCACUCAAGUUCGAAUCUUUCAUCAACUCAGAUACAAUCAGUCAGUGUCCAACCCUUGUAAACAGAUCUGCAGCCACCUCUGUCUACUGAGACCUGGAGGAUACAGCUGUGCCUGUCCCCAAGGCUCCAACUUCAUAGGGGGAAGCACUGUCGAGUGUGAUGCAGCCAUCGAACUUCCUGUCACCAUGCCCCCCCCAUGCAGGUGUAUGCAUGGAGGAAAUUGCUAUUUUGAUGAGAAUGACCUUCCCAAAUGCAAGUGUUCCAGUGGCUACACCGGAGCCUAUUGUGAAAUUGGGUUUUCAAAAGGCCUCCCUCCAGGGACAACAAUGGCUGUGCUGUUGACAAUCCUUCUGGUCAUCAUUAUUGGAGCUCUGGCACUUGUAGGAUUUUUCCACUAUAGGAAAACUGGCUCCCUUUUGCCUGCUCUGCCCAAGCUGCCAAGCUUAAGCAGUCUUGUCAAACCCUCUGAAAAUGGAAAUGGGGUGACCUUUAGAUCGGGGGCAGAUGUUAACAUGGAUAUCGGAGUAACUGGUUUUGGCCCUGAAUCUGCUAUUGACAGAUCCAUGGUGAUGAGUGAACACUUCGUCAUGGAGAUGGGAAAGCAGCCUGUGGUAUUUGAAAACCCAAUGUAUACAACCAGAGACAGCAGUGGCAAAGUGGUUCUGCCAGCCCAGGUGACUGUAUCUGAAAAUGUGGAGAACAAAAAUUAUGGAAGUUCAAUAGAGCCUUCUGAGAUAGUUCCAGAACCAAAGCCAACUUCCCUGGGUGCUGAUGGAACUCAGGCCUCAAAAUGGAAUAUCUUCAAACGAAAACCAAAACAAACUGCCAACUUUGAAAAUCCAAUCUAUGCAGAGAUGGACAACGAGCAAAAGGAAAGUGUGGCUGUGGACUCCCCUCCGUCUCCUCUCCCGACCAAAACUUCUCCGAAAAGAGACCUGACUGUGGGCUACACUGCAACAGAAGACACUUUUAAAGACACCGCCAAUCUUGUUAAAGAAGAUUCUGAGGCAUAG